GGUGGGGUGGGGGGGAGUGGGGGGAGCAACGAAGAGAGCAAGCAAAAUAAAAGGAAAAGAAGAAGUCGUUUUUGUUGUCAUGUGUUCAGAUAGAUUUGAUCGCCAUCGGAUGACCACCAUGCAGAGACUGAGCCUCUGUCUCAUCCUCCUGCCUCACUAUGCCUUCUCGGUGCUCUUGGGGUGGGUGGAGUCUCCAGGUUAUCCCCGUGGUUACCCACCCUUUGCCAGUACCAAUUGGAGCAGGUGUGCUCCACCUGGCCACAUCAUCUCCCUCAGGUUGAUUCACCUCAACCUGGAGGACAGCUCUGACUGUGACCACGAUGCCUUGGAGAUCUUUGCAGAUGGAAACCGUCUAGAAAAACUGUGUGGUAUAAUGUCGCCUGACGAGCUGGAUGCUUCCGUCAAUCCCCUGCUCUCCUCCACCACGGGUGGGUGUCUAUCUCUCUCGUUCCGCUCAGACUACUCCAACACCAAGAGACACACUGGAUUCAGAGGCUUCUACACUCUGCAAGACUUUGAUGAAUGCUACGACGACCCAGAUAACGGCUGCACCCAGUUCUGCCACAACCACAUCGGCGGUUACCGCUGUUCCUGUCGUCCCGGUUACUACCUCGACACAGACGAGCACACUUGCACAGUGAGCUGCUCUGAGGACCUGUCUGGUGCGCUGCGGGGUGUGAUCUCCACCCCCUCUAGACCCGGCCCGUAUGCUGAGAACGCCCAGUGCUCCUACACUCUCUCUGUGGAGGAGCACCUGCAGCUGGUGCUGGAGUUCAUGGGGGAGUUUGACGUGGAGCAGGGGCCCGAGGGCCAGUGUGUGGACACCCUGACGAUUAAGACUCCCUCGAAGGUUGUGGGCACAUACUGCGGCCACGUGGCUCCGCCCCCUGUCCACACAGGGUCACACCACGCCCACAUUCUAUUCUCCUCUGAUGGCUACGGCACCAACACUGGCUUCACAAUCCACUACUCUACCAAAGCAAAGACAUGUCCAGGGUUUGUGACUUCCGGUGCUACGAUGACCCCUGAACUUCCUGAAUAUGAACAUGGCAACAAAGUCACUGUCCACUGUGAGCUCGGGAAAAUCUUGAAUUCUGAUGCUCGCAAAAAGACCCAUAGUGACGUGUGGUACGAGUCGAUAUGCCAGAGGACAGGCAAGUGGAGUCCAGCGUACCACUGUGAAUCUGUGGACUGUGGAGAGCCAGAUAUCCCCAAAGACGACAUUCUCCAGGUGACGGAGUCUGACCCGAGCACGUUGUACGGUGACAAGGUGCAGUUCAGGUGCAAGUCCAAGUACUACACACUAGAGGGAGAAGAUGAAUACACCUGCAAUGUCAGUGGACAUUGGAUAUCAGAGACAGGCCAGGGCAAGUUUCCAAAAUGCAUUGAAGUGUGUGGGAAGACGGAGAACGAGCUUGAAAGCACUGGGAGGAUUUGGGGAGGUGAUGUUGCGAAGCUACGCGACAUACCGUGGCAACUUUUGAUGCUGCAUCCAACUAGAGCAGGGGCGACACUGAUCAACGAUCGCUGGGCCAUCACAGCUGCUCACGUCGUGGAGAAAAAUGAGGAACUAACAAAAACUAUCUAUGGUGGAGUGAUAGAUGGACAAAAGGCAAGACAAAGUCACCCUGAAGUAGCUGUCUUACAAGUUAAAAAGGUUAUCAUUCAUCCCGGCUACGCAAAAAGUUUGGACAAUUCUGUACGCACAAACUUCGACAACGACAUCGCCCUUAUCCAACUGACCGAGAGAGUGACGCUCGGGCCCGCUAUCCUGCCUAUCUGCCUGCCUGAGCCCGAUGAAGAGCUGGAGGCCGAUACUUUAGGCACUGUUUCAGGGUGGGGAGCAACUGAAAAAAGGGAGCAAAGCAGAAUGUUACGUCAUACUGAUGUGGCUGUAUACACUACUAGUAAGUGUGAAGACACACCUCGUAUUGAAGAAAAUCCCUUGGUCUUCACUGGCAACAUGUUCUGCGCUGGAAAGGAUGGGCAUGAUAGCUGUAGGGGAGACAGCGGAGGUCCAUUUGUCGUACCCAGAUUAGGGAACCAGAACAAACCGCACCGUCUAAUGGGGGUCGUGUCGUGGGGCUCCAAAUGUGAAGAGCAUGGAGACUUUAAGGGGUAUUACACCAAGGUGUCUAAGUAUUUAGGCUGGAUCAAGGAGACAAUAGAGAAAGAGGAGAGUGACGAAGAAUAACCCAACUGUACCUAGUUAGUCAAAGAGUUACUCUUAACAGCAGAUAUAAUCUCAUGCAUAACUUCAGCAGAUAUUAUCUCAUGCCUUUGAUUUCUAGCUACUGUCCUAAUAUGUUUUACUGAAUGAUUGUAAAAACCUUUAUAGAAAUACUGAUUUAGCACUACUAAAUACUGGGGGUGUGUAAACAAUCUUUGUGCUUAAGCCGAGUCUGUUCUGUUUUUAUAAAAUGUUUGUGUUUGUAAAAUGAAUGGGCUUGAUUCAACUUGUCCUGAAUUCAAUAAAAUCAUAGUUUUGUGUCACA